AUUUCAAGCCAUGAGUUCAUUGAAACCGCCUCUGCAAAACUCAGGUCGUCCACAAGAACCGGAUGGAGCUGACUUGGACAAACUCAGGAAAUGGCAGGAGGACCGCGUUGCAAGGAAAUUGAAAGGAGAAUACGAGUCAGCCGUAUCGCAUCUCGCUGACAUUGUCAAUGAGAACCUGUCAACACAUUUGCGGAUCGCGACAGUACGCGUCCAAGGUGCCAAACACACUCGUCGGUCCUUCUUGGACUGGUUGGUCAACCCGUGGUUAUCGCCGCAGCUUUCACCACUCGACGUGGACAAGCCUUCCACGCUACAAAAUGUGCUACACACGGCCCGCGGCAUCAGUCAUGUUCUGCAAGAAACUGAUCUUUUUCAGUCUGUCGAGGCCAAGAUUGAAAGGAGUAGAGAUAUGCUUGCUAAGGAAGGAGAUGUCGACAUCAUCUUCAAGACACGCGAAAAGGGUAGAUUUUUUCUCAAGACAUCUACAGAACUGGGUAACAGCGAAGGCAAUGCCAGUGCGACUGCACGCAUACGUAACGUUUUCGGAGGAGCAGAAACUUUAGAAGCUAAUCUCUCUCUUGGAACUCAAACCCGUCGUUCUUUUCAUACUUUAUUAUCUAUGCCCCUCUCGUCGUCCUUGCGAACAAAAGGGGAACUAUCACUUUUUGCACUGGAUAGGGAUCUCUCGUCUUAUGCAAGCGCUUCAGAAGGUUUGCGGGGUUUCAAGGCUGCAGUCAGGAGCGAUUUGCGAUCCAGUGGUGUCCAUGAGAUCACUUAUGAAGCAGUCCUCAGGCAUAUUGGAAAUUUAAUCCCGUCAGCCUCACCGAGUAUAAGAGAAGUCGCAGGACAGACUUUGAAGUCUUCAAUAUCCCACAGAUGGACACGAGACACGCGAGACGACAAAAUAACGGCGACUCGUGGAUUAUACACCAAAGUCUUCCAAGAAUUUGCUGGGCUUGGUGGAGACGCAUUCUUCUAUAAAGCGGAAGUUGAGGGCCAAGCAUCACGAAGGGUGUUACCUGGCGUUGCACUGUCUUUUGCAGCCCGUACCGGGUUUAUAAGAAGCUUUACUCCUCAAGCUCCCUUUUCUGAUAGGUUCCAGCUAGGCGGCCCUCUUAGUGUAAGGUCUUUCAGGGCCAAUGGCAUGGGUCCUAGAGAUGGAGUGGACUCACUCGGUGGCGAUAUUUACUGGUCAACUGGCAUUUCUCUUAUAUCAGACAUUCCACGAAAGCCUCAUUGGCCAGUCAAGUCCCACCUUUUUGUCAAUGCAGGAAGACUUGAUGUAAUGGACAAAUCUAAAAACUUGGCUGAAAACUUUUCCGAUUGUUUGUCGAAACCAUCUGUAUCUGCAGGUGUAGGACUAAUUUACCGGUUUGACCCCGUGAGAGUAGAGGUGAACUUCGGAGUCCCUAUUGUCUCGAGUAAGAGCGAUGGUGCACGCCGAGGCUUCCAGGUUGGAAUUGGCUUAGAUUUUCUUUAAAGGUAGAUUUUUGGGAGAGUAACGUAUCCGAGUCAAUUGCAUCGUAACGCAGUGAAUAGAUUCUUUCCUUGGUGGUCUUACCUCCUUGUCGGUGACUUAUUCAGAUUAUUUUGCUCCC